AUGAGCCAUGGCUGCUCCCCACCAGUAUCACCAGCCGAAUGCGCCAGACUCAGACUCCGACCUAGAACUAGACCUGGAGGAGCUGGAUCCGCUGGCCUCUCGCUCACAGUUGGCCGCCACGCCCCCGCGACGCCAGUUAAAAGAACAGAGACGGCCGUACCAUGAGCUGGGCGCAAGAAUACCACUGAGGAAUCUGAGAGUUGGCAGGUUGCGGGCAAGCAAGAGGAGAGAAGAGCCGGAAGAGGAUGACUUGACGGGACUGCUGGACGAUGGUGAAGGUGAAGGAUCCAAGAGGAAUUCGGCUGGCAGCUACGGCCAGUCUGGCGAGGACGAAUCGCCCCUGUUGCCAGCCCAGCGUUCCGCGCGAAGACGCAAGCCAUCGCAGAGUGCAAUGUCCAGAUUGGGGUCGAGUAUGCGGCUGCCCAGCUUCCUCUCGCGGCAGAACAACGCAGCCAUACAGCUAGGAGACGACAAUGGCGAGUCGGGCGCAGAGGAGGAGCAUGACCCCACCACACAGCGCACCAUAUCUGUCGGCCAGCUUCAAACUUCGAGAUUCCCGGCAAACGCAGUCUCCAACGCAAAGUACACGCCCUGGAGCUUCCUCCCACGCACCCUGUACAACGAGUUCUCCUUCUUCAUCAACAUGUACUUCUUGCUCGUGGCCUUGUCGCAAGCCAUACCCGUCCUACGAAUCGGCUACCUCUCGACGUACAUCGCCCCACUUGGCUUUGUCUUAACGAUAACCCUGUCAAAGGAGGCCUCGGACGAUAUCGCACGGCGGCGGAGAGAUGCGGAAGCAAACUCGGAGGGCUACACGGUUCUGAAGUUUGAGGAGAACGGUAUGGGAAAUGGUGUUGCGCCAGGCAGAAAUUCGCAAAGGAAGAAGCGCGUGAGAAAACAGAACAAGAAAGAAGGGCGCUUGCAAGAUAUUGGAGACGAGGAGCAGCAGCUUUCAGGAAAGGGCCUGGCAACCUGCACUUACUGGGAGGUUGUGAAGCCUUCCCGGAGCCUCAAAGUGGGUGAUGUGGUUAAGCUUGGCAAGGAUCAGAGAGUACCGGCCGACAUGGUACUUCUCAAAAGCUAUUCCACUGACAGCAGCAUUGCUACACCGGAUAAGGCAGAUUCACAAGGCUUCUCGCUCCCGUUGAUAGAUAGUGACGAGUCUGCAGAUGCAGCAAAGGUUGAUGACGUCGCAGCGACCGGGACUUCAGGUGAAGCCUUUAUCAGGACCGACCAACUCGAUGGAGAAACCGACUGGAAGCUGCGUCUGACUUCGCCAUUGACGCAAAAUCUGGACGUUGGAGAGUAUACCCGACUGCGGGUCGUCGCCGGGAAACCAGACAAAAAGGUAAAUGAGUUUUAUGGAACUGUGGAAUUGCUACCCAAGAGUCAGCGACAAUACGACCCCCAUGACGGCGAAGAGGCCUCUUCUUCGGAAGAAACCAAGUCUGCUCCUCUCAGCAUUGACAACACCAUCUGGGCAAACACGGUUGUGGCCUCUAGCUGCAGUCUUCUUGCUGUCGUGGUGUAUACCGGACCACAAACGCGCCAGGCGCUGUCCACUUCGCCUUCAAGGUCCAAAACUGGUCUCUUGGAACUGGAAAUCAACUCUCUCACAAAAUGGCUAUGUAUCUUCACGCUGUCAUUAUCCUUCAUCCUCGUAGCGCUCGCACGGUUCCAAGAAAUUCAAGGCCGCGAGUGGUGGGCUUCCAUGCUGCGAUUUCUCAUUCUAUUCUCGACCAUUGUUCCUGUGGGUUUGCGCGUCAAUCUCGACAUGGGAAAGUCUGUGUACGCUUGGUUCAUUCAUCACGACGAGACCAUAAAAGGAACCAUUGUCCGGACAAGCACUAUCCCAGAAGACUUGGGUCGGAUAGAAUACUUGUUGAGCGACAAGACAGGCACUCUAACACAAAACGAGAUGAUAAUGAAGAAGAUCCAUGUCGGUACGGUGUCUUAUGCAAACGAGGCUAUGGACGAGGUAUCAUCAUACGUCCGCCAAUGCUUCACACCUCCCGCUGGAGAGGCUCCCUCGCUCGUCACGCCCUCGUCCGCUUACACGGCCCCUCUCACCUCGGCCACGCGUACCCGCAGAGAGAUUGGUUCGCGAGUGCGCGAUGUGGUGCUAGCACUGGCGCUAUGUCAUAAUGUAACACCAACAACAGAAGAAGAGAACGGCGAGGAGGUGACUACAUACCAAGCAUCUUCACCCGACGAAAUCGCCAUUGUACGUUGGACCGAGGCAGUCGGUCUGAAACUUCUUUCCCGGGACCGUGAAUCUAUGACUCUCCUUUCAUGCCACAGUGGAAGCACUGUUGUCAAGGUUCGCAUCUUGAACGUGUUUCCAUUCACAUCCGAAGGCAAGCGCAUGGGCAUUGUUGUCAAGUUCUAUCACGGCCCUGUUUCAUCGCCCACCGACGAUGAUGGCGAGAUUUGGUUCUACCAAAAGGGUGCAGAUACCGUCAUGACAUCCAUUGUAGCCGCCAACGAUUGGCUGGACGAAGAGACGGCGAACAUGGCGCGUGAAGGUCUCCGCACUCUAGUCGUCGGCCGCAAAAGGCUCUCGGCUCAAACGUACCAGGACUUCAUCACCAAGCAUGCGCAAGCCUCCCUCGCCCUUAGCAACCGCGACGCUUCGGUAGCUGGAGUUGUCAAAGAAUACCUGGAACAUGACUUGGAGCUGCUUGGCGUUACUGGCGUUGAGGACAAACUACAAAAGGACGUCAAGCCUUCGCUCGAACUUCUGCGCAACGCAGGUAUUAAGAUUUGGAUGUUGACAGGCGACAAAGUCGAAACCGCCCGCUGUGUAGCCGUCAGCUCCAAGCUCGUAGCGCGUGGCCAAUACGUGCAUACAAUCGCCAAGCUGAAACGCAAAGACCUAGCCUCCUCGUCUCUCGACUUUCUUCGUGGAAAGCUUGAUGCUUGUCUACUCAUUGACGGCGAGUCCCUUGCUCUGUUCCUCCAGCACUUUCGGCAAGAGUUCAUAACCGUGGCUGUACAGCUGCCCACAGUCGUCGCAUGCCGAUGCUCUCCGACUCAAAAAGCGGACGUUGCCCGCCUGAUUCGCGAAUUCACCAAGAAGCGCGUGUGCUGCAUCGGCGACGGCGGUAACGAUGUGUCGAUGAUCCAGGCCGCCGAUGUUGGUGUUGGCAUUGUCGGAAAAGAAGGUCGCCAGGCAUCUCUCGCCGCCGACUUUUCCAUUGAGCAAUUCUGCUACCUGGUCAAGCUGCUCGUCUGGCACGGCCGCAACUCGUACAAGCGAUCCGCCAAACUGUCUCAGUUUGUCAUUCAUCGCGGUCUCAUCAUUUCCAUUUGCCAGACCGUCUUUUCCAUUGCCAGCAAAUUUGAGCCCAACGCGCUGUACCGAGACUAUCUCUUGGUCGGCUACUCGACCAUUUACACGAUGAUGCCUGUUUUCUCUCUUGUCCUGGACCGCGACGUGGACGAGAGCGUCGCAAACCUGUACCCCGAGCUCUACGCUGAACUCAAGACAGGGCGCUCGCUGUCGUACAAGUCGUUCUUCAUCUGGGUUGCCGUCUCCGUCUACCAGGGCUCCAUCAUCCAAGGCUGCAGCCAACUUCUCAUUGGCGUUGGACGAUCUACAAGUGCGGGCGAAACACCGGACCCAACGUUUCUCAAGAUGGUGUCUGUCUCCUUCUCGGUCCUCGUCGUCAACGAGCUGGUCAUGGUGGCUAUGGAAGUCACAACGUGGCAUUGGAUCAUGAUUGCUAGUAUUGUCGGCACAGCUGGUAUUUACUUUGGCUCGGUGCCGUUACUGGAUGAAUAUUUCGACCUGGGGUAUGUGGCCAGCAUGGCAUUUUGGUGGAGGUUUGCCGUGAUUGCGGCGAUCAGUUUGGUGCCGCCGUAUGCAGCGAAGCUGCUGGGGAGGAGGCUGAAGCCGCCGAGCUAUCGCAAGGUGCAGGGCGUGUAGGGAUAUGCCCGGCAUGGUUGUAUUAUUUAUUUGCUUUUUAUUGCGUAGCAGCGUUUAUGUGAGAAGAAUACGAUAUUCC